AUUUUGCAGUAUGACUACGUUUACUAGCUGGAAAUUUGUAUAGCGCAGGGGAUGAAAAGAAUAGCGAUUUUUUAAAAAAAAAAUUCUAAUAGAGAAAAUAAGAAGAGAAGAAAAAAAAGGAAUCAAAUACAAGAAAAUCAAAAUCAAAACAGGCGAAAUUUUUCCUGGAAUCUUGUUAAAUAUAAAUAAAAAAAAAGAAGCAGAGAAAAGGAAAGAAUAAUAGACAGACAGAGAGAGAGAGAGAGAGAGGGAGAGAAAUAAAAGAGGGAGCAAAGAGAGAGAAGGACGAUAAAUUAAUAAAAAAAAAUUCGAUUGGACGCCCCUAGUCUGAGAUCUGGCAAUUGCCAUGGUUAAUGUAAAAUAUACAGAUAAGGAAGAAGUAGAGGCAGAAGAAGAAGAAGAAGAAGAAGAGAAAUUAAAAACUAAGAAAAACGAAAAGAAACAAGUAAAAAUUAUUGAUAAAACAAUGGAACGUUGCGAUAAGAAUAAUUGUUUUAAACGAAAUAUUAAAAGUCCUAGUUUUCACGAAUCUUGGGAUAGGAGUUUACCUACUAUGGAUCCUAAUUCACCAACUGAUAGGCCUAUUUCUGGAAUAUUAAAGAAUAAAGUGGCCAAAGAGGAAGAAUAUCAGGAAAAUCCGUUUAAAAGCGAUGGAGAACUUUCAAGAAUAGCCGACUAUAUCCUAAGGAAUUCUUUAAUUAGCCGUACAAGUGUUUAUAUAGCAGAUCCCGAUAUUGAUAAACCGGAAGUGGAAGAUGAAAAUUUAAUAGAUCAAACAAUCACCGUCCCAAAUCAACAAUCCGCACCGUCAGAUAAUUUACAAACUGCAUUAAAGUCACCGAGAAAAGAUAACCUUCAAUUAAAAGAUAAAAAGAAGAAAUCUUGUUGCGUAAUAUCGUAA